AUGUGCAAAUCCGCCUGCGCAAAAAGGCACAACUCUCCAGACGAUGAGCUGAAUACUAGUGUUCUCUUGUCUCACAAACUGAACAAGUUCACGAACUGGAACUAUGGCGUGUUGACGUUCUACUGGCUGUUGUGUACUGCAAAUGACCAUCUGCAGAUAGAGUGGCUCUCCAUCUAUCUCCAUGACCUUGCAUUCGGAAUCAUACUCCCAUGUAGUGUGGUGGUAUGUCUUGGCUUCUGGUCCAUGUCUUCUGUUGACCCGAAGAUGGUGAGAUCAGAGGGGUUCUACAAGUACAUCGGAAAGUGUCCCUUCUGGUACAGCCAUGGGACACAUACUCUGGUGCUGUUUCUGCCCAUUCUGGAGACAUGGCUCGGGUCUGCCUCUGCCAGAGUGGAAUCCCUUCACAUCCAGGAGUUCUUCAGAGCAGACGUAUCCCUGGUGGGUGCGGUGGUGAACUGGAGAAAAAUCCAUCUGUACUGUGGGUGGGCCCUCAGCUACACCUGUGUAGUGUUCUACCUGGGACUGCGGAGGAGUUUAUGGCCCUACCCUUUCAUGCACAAACUCACACUAGCUGGCAAAAUUCUUCUGGGCGUCGCUCUCAACUUUGUCGGAUUCGCCUGUCUGUUCGGAGUGUCCAAGUUGUACCAUUUCUACGUCACAACUACACUACAGCCGAUUGUGAAACCCAAAGAACUCACCCUCUGGGACAAGAUGACACUAUAUUUAGUUUAUUAG